AGUGUUCUGCAAACUUCCAAACACGAUGGUUAUCCGCAAGCUGUACGUUCCGCCGACGGUCGUGAAGACGAAUCCGCUACCCCCACCGGUGGUGGAUCCAAACUUUAUGCCACCGGCUACCGCUUAUCAGCCUCCGGCAGAAGAUCUACCGAUCGUCUACGAGCCGGGAAGUACGAGCAAUGGAGGAGGACCGCUAGUGUUCGCCGACGAGGUAGAGUUAGAGCUAGCGCCGGGGAAAAUAGUCGGCCGUCGGAAGGUACUUCCGAAUGGGUCGGAAUACUUCUCCUACCAGGGCAUUCCGUAUGCCGAGCCACCGGUAGGCGAUCUUCGCUUUAAGUCACCGGUUCCGUUGGAAAAGUUCGCCGAACAACCGCUCCAGUGUGGUGCCGAGAAGGGAAUAUGUCGCGGCGUUAUAAUGCUUCCCGUGGGAUCGGAAUCCGGAGGUGAAGAUUGUCUGUAUCUGAACGUGUACACCACGAGUUCUCCGAGUGAAACACUUGGUACGCUCAAACCGGUAAUGGUUUGGAUUCACGGUGGUGGCUUUUACACGGGCAGUGCCAAUACCGAUUUUUAUGGGCCAGAGUUUUUGCUGCAGCACGGUGUUAUCCUGGUGACGUUGAAUUAUCGACUCGGUCCGCUCGGAUUUCUUGCCCUCCCGUCAGUGGGCAUUCAUGGAAAUCAGGGGCUGAAGGAUCAGCAGUUGGCGUUACGGUGGGUGCAUGACAAUAUAUCCCGAUUCGGUGGUGAUCCAACAAACGUGACACUGUUCGGUGAGAGUGCCGGUAGUGCGUCGGUGAAUUGGCACUACCUAUGUCCAAAGUCUCGCCAAUACUUCCACAAGGCCAUCUGCCAGUCGGGAUCGGUACUUUGUCCGUGGGUUUUGCAGUAUCAGCCGGAGGGUAGAGCGCGCAAGCUUGCCGCAGUGUUGGGCUAUGAAGGGGAGGACGAUGCUGGUGUGUUGGAAACUCUGCUGAACGCAUCGGUCGAAGAUUUGGUGUCGAAUUCGGCGAAAGCUUUCGAAGAUACGGAAAAGAGCAUCUACUUUGUAUCCCCGUUCAUUCCAUCGAUCGAAGAUCCGAGCUCGGAAGAUGCGAUCAUACCGCAGCGUGGUGAGGAACUGUUGAAGCAACCGAACGCCACCACCAUUCCGCUGAUAUACGGGCUGACGAGUGCGGAAGGUUUGAUAUUUUACGGCACCCUUCAGCAGCAGUUCGACGAGCUGGCUAGCAAUCUGACGCAGAUGCUACCGCCUGAUUUUGGUGUACCGCGCGACUUUACGCCCGCCGUUUUGGAGGAGAUCCGUCAGUUUUACUUCCAGGACAAACCCAUCGAGCGGGAUGAGUUUUUACGGCUGGUGGAUCUGGCUGGGGAUGUUGGAUUCAACUUCCCGGUGUACGCGGCUGCUGAGCUGCACUCGAGAUACCAGCAGGAGGCACCAUUGUACUUCUACCGCUUUUCGUACGAAAACGAGCUGAACCAGAUGCGCAAGCUGUUUUACGUACCGGACGGAACACCGGGCGCUGCCCAUGCCGAUGAGCUACCGUAUCUGUUCAGUGGUAGUGAGUUUACGGUUCAAACCGAACCAGGUUCCGGGCCCGAUCAGGCCCGUACCUUGCUGUGCCGUUUGUGGACUAACUUUGCAAAGUUCGGAAGCCCUACGCCCGAGGUUGAUGAUGUUGGAUUCCAGUGGGAUCCACUUCCACCGACCGCAUCCGGUGAACCGUUUGUCCUGCAUGCCCUUGAGCUUAACGACCAGGUGGAGGUGGUAGAGAAUCCGAUGCAAGAUCGGAUACAGUUUUGGAAAUCGCUUGCGGAACGCUUUAAUCCCAACCUGCUUUGUGUUCGAUUAACCAUGGUGAUGCGUAAUGUUCGCAAAUCGUACCCGUCAAUGUCCGACGGUGGAUUAGGUCCGAGAGCUCAAGAAUACGAUCCAUCCGCGCGGAUUAUGGUGAAGGUGGCACAAGGCUCAAUCUAUGGCACCAAGGAUCGUCUACCGAACGGAAAGCCGUACUACUGCUUUAAAGGUAUUCCGUACGCAAAAGCUCCGGUAGGCAAGCUGCGCUUUGCUCCUCCAGUUCCGAUUGAGAAGUAUUCCGUGUCCUACCUGGACUGUAGCCGUGAGCGAAGCAGCUGUUUGGGGCGAGAUGUGAUCACGCGGGAGAUUACCGGUUCGGAAGAUGGAUUGUUUCUGAACGUCUACACACCGGCACUUCGAAGAGUGGACAAAGCGACGGACACACCGUCGCUACCUGUGAUGGUGUUCUUUCAUGGUGGUGGCAUGACCGGUGGAAAUGGAGAUAGUGGGAUGUACUUGCCGGACUAUCUCGUACAGGAGGGUGUCGUUGUGGCCACAGUGAACUAUCGACUCGGUGUGCUUGGCUUUCUAUGUCUACCGCAGGCAGGAAUUGAAGGAAAUGCUGGUUUAAAGGAUCAGCGCUUAGCUUUGCAGUGGAUCAAACAGAACGUACAAACGUUUGGCGGUGAUCCAAACAAUGUUACAAUCUUUGGCGCUAGCUCUGGCGGCAGUAACGUGCUGAUGCACUGUUUUUCCGACCAAUCGCGCCAAUACUUCCACAAAGCCAUCGCUCAAAGUGCAACCAUUUUUGCUGAUUUAAUCUACCAAACGGAACCGGAAGAGAGGGCCCGUUCGUUGGCGCGCGUGUUCGGUUACGAGGGUACGUCGGAUGAGGGUGUCCUCGGUACACUGAGAGACGUUCCGGCAAGGCGUCUGUAUGAGGCACAAUUUCUCGUACUGUCUGAUCGCGAGCGAGAGUAUGAGCCGAUCUUUCAGUUCCCGUUUACGGCUGUUAUUGAGCGUGAACAGUCUGCCGAUCCGGUGCUGCUGAAGACACCGAUGGAGUAUCUGCGGGAAGACGAUCGGCUGACGGUGCCGGUACUGUGCGGGUACAACGAUAAGGAGGGCAUGCUUGAGCUGGUGGAUAUGAUCAAGAAUCUUUCGGUGUACAAUAGUCGGUCGGAGAAGUUUAUCUGCCGUUCGUUUGAUGUGGAUUACUUUAGUCCGUCGGCCCGCGCACUUGGGGAAGAGGUGAAGAAGCAUUACUUCGGUGAGAUGGCAAUCGGUCGGGGUAAUUUGAAUCAGCUAGUGGAUCUGCUCACGGAUCGGUUCGUGGUAGGGUACUAUGUGCUUUGUAAGCUGUGGAGUGAACACCAAACGAAGACACCGCUAUACUCGUACCGUUUCAGUUACGAAGGCUCACUGAACAAGGGUAAAGAGUUGCUCAAGUUCCAACAGCUUCCCGGAGCUUGCCACAUUGAUGAAGUUUACUACCUCUUCAGUUCGCCUUUGUUGCGUACGGAGAUACCACCUUCCGAUCCGGCUUACCGUAUGCGGCAGCUAAUGGUACGCAUGUGGACCAACUUUGCGAAACAUGCGGACCCAACACCAGCGUCCGAUAUGGACAAUUUGCCGUGCCGUUGGGAACCCAUGAAAGCGACACUAGGUACGAAUGGGCAGCCAACGAACUAUACGGUUUUAUCGAUAGGGAAGGAGCUGAAAAUGACCACCUUGCCGGAGUUGGCGCGUAUGGGCAAAUUUCUGGAAGUGACGGAACGGUGCAACGGCACGAUCGAUAACUUUGUCAUACCACGCAUAGACUCGGGGCCUGAGAGAAGCCGCAGCAGUAGUAGUUGAGUGGUUAAUGUUUGGUUAAUUGAUGCUUCUGUU